CGCCGGCAAAGUAUUAAAUGUCAAAGAAAUCUGAAAGUCACGGCAGUUGGACGCCGGCAGCGAUGGCUGAAGACGCGCAGAUCCCGUACAAUUGCGUGGCGUGGACACUGCUGGAAGGGUACCCGUGGUCGCCAGUGUAUGUGUUCGACCCGAACCAAGUGCGCGAGAACUUGGAGCUGCUGGGUAACUCGCAUCAGCAUCACUUGAAGAAGGCGAGAGACUGGCCGAACGUGUAUCGCUUGGUGUACAACUUUGGCUACCACAACAUCUCGCUUUUGUCGCUUGGACAGUACAUCAAACCAUGGCAGUGCCCAGACCACCUGCGAUUCCUCAACGGGUAUCCGCACGAAUGCAUGAAUCGCCGGGACGUCGUCGAGGCGUUCCGGGAGGCGUUGAUUGAAGCUCAGGCCUUUCUCGCCACCGAUAACCGUUCGCGAAUGUUGCCCAAUAUGACAGUGUCGGACUUUUACUACGACGACCAGCAACCCGUGGUACCAGCUCCAGUUCCAUCGAUACUGUCCACGCCGCCGCCACUUCCUAUCGCAUAUCAAGUCCACAGCUCGUCCCAUUCUUCUGGAGCCUUGACGGAUGAUACUGGUCCCGAGCCGUCAAGUCUUGGUCAAAGCGGCAGUUCCAUCACUGGUCGACCGGAGAAUCUCGCGCCAACUACGUCAGCAACGGUGCCGCCUCAAGAGCAACCUACCAUUCCUCUGCGUAGAACCCGGGCCAGAACUCAGCUUGAUCGAGACUCAAGUGCAUCACAAGACAAGGGAGUUCCAGGUCUGCCGCCGGCCCCAGACGCAGCAAAACAGCUGCGAUCCCCUCAAGACACGAUGAAGCCGACCCGCCAGUCUGCAAAAGCCAAGACACCGCCCACUAAACCCCCCAAACAAGUGGACGGGCGGUCCACUCGGAAACCCAAGCUGCCGCUCCCGCCCUCCCAAGAAGUCAAGCGUCCUGCUGCCGCUGCUGCAAAGAAGACAGCCGCUCGACCGAAAGGGCCUAAGAAGGGCAACAACCCAGCAAUCUCUCCCCCAAGUAGUCGAGUGCCCGUUGAAUCAUCCAUGCUUGGUCGAGUAGAUGUUGGCCCCCAUAAAGCCAUCUCAACGUCACGUUCAACUACUACUCCACCAAGGGCCUACGAAAAGCAAACUGGCAUGCUCACACUUCGUCAUGAUGGCUUGGAUAACGCACCUACAGUGCCCCAAUUGUACCCAAACCACCUCAUGACGUUGGCCGAGGUGAGCAGCAGUCCCCCCGUGGACAUUCCCAACAAUUCGAUCGUGUGGGCGCAUGUCCACGGCAUGUCGUGGUGGCCCGCGAUCGUUCUCGAUCCAUUCCAAGUCAAGCCGGUGCUGCACUUCCUUGGCCAUGCCCACGACGCGCCGCUCAAGAAGGCGAGAAAGCAACCAAAGGACGUUCGCCUUGUGUUUGUGUUUGGCCGAUACGUAUUUUGUUCGUUGAAAAAGAAAAUGAAGCGUUGGCAGUGCCCUGAACACGACACGUUCCUCCAAGGCCCGACCUCUCUCUUUACCGCCCAUCCAUUCCUUGCCGACGUGUUCGCCGACGGGGUCCACCAAGCACAGAACUUUCUCGGUGCGCAAACACUCAAUCAAUACAUUCCGUACGUGCACGCGUCCGACCUUUCAUCGACGACUGUGCUCCCGCCGCCCCAAGUGCAGUUCAAUGCGGUGGCGUGGGCAAAGCGAGACGAAGUGUGGUGGCCCGUGUUCCUCUGCGACCCGCGGACCCUUCGCUCGAACUUGUUUCACUUGGGCACGGGCGAGUUGCCGCACUGCCGCGUGGCCACGGGCCUUCCAUUCCACAACCGCAUUGCGUACUACUUUGGAAUGCACGACUUCGGACUCUACGCGGACGACAGCCUGCUCAAGCGGUGGUUUUGUUCAGAGCAUGUGUCGUUUAUCAAAGGGCACGUUGACGCCAGUGUCACAGAUCGCUUGAAAGACGCCCUCAAGCAAGUCCAGGAGUUUUUUGUGGCCGAAGAAGGGCACCGGACCAUGCUGUGCAAGCUCGUGGGAGCUAGUGAUGACGUGUCGUCGCCGUCGCCGCCGCCGCAACUGCAUUCGUUUUUGGAUGGCGCGACGGUGGUACCUGCGUCCCAUCAAGUUGUGCUGGCACUGUAUCGACCGUCUUCGAAUCCUACGCGAAAGGCCAUGCUGGACGACGGGGCAGCGGACAAAGCGCCGUAUGAUGUGCUGACGAUGCACACUACGAGGUUCAAGCCUACCGACUUGGACGCGUUGAAUCAAAUCAUGAACGCACCAACUCCUCAAAGACCAGCCGACGAGAAGCACGGCUUGACGCCCAUGUUGCCAUUUCUGAGUGACCAAGUGGAUGCCACGGAGGUCCAAGUCUCCAACGAACACAUUGACGCGGUGGUCGUCCAGGUCCUCCACAACCUCGUGGAUGCCAUCGCGCAGUAUCACGCCGCCACGAACGACAUACGUGAAGCGAUCGAGGAGGUUGACACACCUACGCCUUUGGUCCAAACUGACGAGACCCAUGAAGCCACACUACAAGAGGAUUCGGACGCCAACGACAUGCAAGAGCCCGACGAGUCCCAUCGGUCCAUCCAGUACGCCAUGGACGACAUUGUGGCGUCAAUCGAAGCUAUUCAAUGCGAGGAUCAAGAAAUAGAAGCCAUGCGCAGUGCUGCCAAGACCGACGAUGGAGCCGUGUUAGUAGAAGAAGGCGACUGGUGUGUGGACAUGAACUCGGUGGCGUGGGGGCGCAAGUCAGAGCAUCACCCGUGGUGGCCAGUGUACAGCUGCGACCCCCGGCGUCUUCGCUCCCAUUUGCAUUACAUGGGCGUUCGACACCGAGGACUGUUGCUCCAAGCUCGACGUCAUGCAGCCACGCUACGUCUGGUGUACUAUUUCGGACGGCAUACUUUCGGUGUCACAGCGUUGCCGCUAAAACUAUGGAACUCCCGCGACCAUUCGCAUUGUAUUGCACGGUUCCCUGGGAAAGAUCACGCGGUGGACAUCUUUGCCGACGCGCUGCACGAGGCCGAGGCGUGUCACACGUCCAACGAAGCGGUGCCGUUCGUCACCCCCUGGGAUGUGAACCUCUCGAGGAUACCCCCCACCGCCCCUCCCCCUGCGGUGGUUUGUUCUUCGGUGGCGUGGUCCUUCGAGUCUGGAUCGACGUGGUGGCCAGUGUAUUUAUGCGACCCCGACGCCAUCGGCCCUGCGUUCUGCUUGGGCACGGAGCAAGACGACCGAUUGCUGCGGAUAGCAACGUACCUGCCCGAGUACUACGUCCUCGUGUACUUCUUUGGAACCCGUCGAUUUGGGUUGCGGCAACGACUAGCGCUGACAAAUGGGUGGUUGGGUUUUAACCACCAGACAUGUAUCGACUCCAUCUCGACAACGGACGAUGUUAUGGCCACAAAAGCGUUGGCUGAAGCGGAGGACUUUGCACGUGAACUUCGUACCGAUCUUCACAAGUUGCCGUUUGAGCUGGUCCCGACGGCGGUGUCAUCUGUCGAGCAAGCUCUUGUCCCGCCACACCCAGCAGCUCCACCCAUUGGUGGCAUCCACGAGGCCCAGCCAUCGCAUUUAGAGAGUUAUUGGCGUGCAGAACAACAAGAAGACACAAAAGACGAACGCCGGGCGUUCGAGUUGAGAACGCAUCGGGACAACGUGUCUUCGUUUUUCAAACAUUUGAUGCGCCAAGACGAGGACGGGUCGAGCAGCUCGUCGGAUUCAUCCCGUUUCGAAGACGACUCGGACGACGAAGAACCCGAGAGCUGCGACACUGAGUGGGAGCACAGCGACCACGACUCCCCACGACGAAGUAGCGCCUCUGUCGCAUACGCCAAGGAAACCAAAGGCUUUGGACGGUCCAAGUCGCCCAGUUGGUUUGCAGAAAAACACCCUUCGUACCCCCGCACCCAAGGCAUCACGACCACUUCGUCCCCGGAUCCCCCCGCUUCUCGGUCUCGAACGCGCGGCCCUGUCACGUCCGUGGGGAUUCCCCGCACGGCGCAUGUGUGGAAGCAUUUCGUUUGGGAAGAACACAUGGGCAAGUACUACAACUACAAACUCAUCGAGUGUCGGUACUGUCGGCAAGCGUACGCCGAUCGAGGCGACCGGGACGUGCCGGUUCCGGAACGCGUCGUCAGCCAGAUUCCGAAAAUGAAGCUGCAUCUGCUUCAAUGCGCGCACUGCCAACUCACCGAGGACGAUCUGGAGCCCCUACAAAAACAGGGGAAACAUCGUGCGACUGUCGUCAAAGCAGCCCCCUCGCGGCCCCCCGAAGACCCCCGGCCUGGUCGAGCUCUCGGACGGACUCUUGCAGUGGACGACGAUGUAGACGAAGACCAAUCGACGAUCUCUGCCACUCGAGAGGAAGGGGCCGCAGCAGCGACGAUCGAACCUGUCGCCCCGCAAGGUCCGCUUCUGGUUGCUUCAACGGCGGAUGGUGUCGACAUCCCCAGUGUUGAGGAGCCUGGGGCCAACGACGACGAUGCAGCGUCCAAUUCAUUUGAGCAUCAAGUGUUCGCCCCAGAAUCUCCACGUCAACCCGACCCUAGCCCCAUCGCAAAAGUCGGCUUGAAGAAGGCAAGUCCUGGGCGAAAGAAGCGGAAGGCUUCCCAUGUGAUUGUUGUCGAAGACGAUUCCGACACGUUGUCGGACGAGUCGGUGGCAUCGUAUACGGCGCGACACCCUGUCAAGAAACGCAAGGGGGUACCAGCAAAGACUCUGGGACCACGGACGAUCACAUUGUCGGACGCGGACAAGGCUCGGAUGACCAAACAGCGAUUCAUUUUGCCCGCCCCGCCACAACUUGCAUUUGGGCCACAUUUGAGCCAAGAUGAUGCUUUACCUGAGAAGGAAGUGCCCCAACCACCAAUCGUGACAGCGUCUCCUGAACACGUGAAACCCCCCGCACCGUCCGUUCCAGUGACCCGAAAAGCAGUGGCUGUGCCCCCAGCCGCCCCAGUUGCAGUGACCCGAAAAGCGGUGGUAUCGGUGCCACCAACCCCAGCACCACCUACAAACGUACCAAGUGAUGUUCCAGUGACCAAGGUGUCUGCCCUCCACGACACGAUUGUGUGGGCGUACUUGAAGGGGUACCCGUGGGUCCCAGCCUAUGUACUCAACCCGUUCAAGUUGCGCUCGGAGCUGCAUUUAUUGGGGAACGGGCACGAGAGGACGCUCAAGAAAGCCAAGCAAAAACCGGGCGACUAUUGCAUCAUUUAUUACUUUGGAACGCACAACUUUGGUCUGAUCACCACGCCUGCCACGGCGCUGCGCCCCUGGCACUGCGACGAACAUGCCAAGUUUCUCAGUGGGUUCCCCAAGGCAGCAUGCAAGGGCGACACGGCCGCGGAGCUCGUGGAUGCGAUUGCAGAGGCAGUGUGCUUUGAGGCCGCGGACAAGACGACACGGCUGUUGCCGUACAUGGUGGCGUCCGACACCGAUCCGACUCUCCCGCCUCCGGAGGUCCUUCCCGUUCCUGUGGAUUCGAUGGCGUGGGCAAUCUCUCAGGGGUUCCCGUGGAUGCCAGUCUACGUGUGUGAUACGUCCAAGCUGCGUGCAAACUUGCAUUUCCUGGGCGACGAUCACUGCGAGUACCUUGACGAAGCCAAGGCGUCUCCCAAUACGCGCUUGGUGUACUACUUCGGCUCGCAUUGCUUUGGCACGUACAAAAUGGAUGGUUCCCUGAAACCGUGGAACUGCCCCGACCACGACUCGUACCUGACGGGGCAGUCGAGCUCUGUGCUGUACAUCAAACCAGAUAUUUUGGCAGAAUUUCAAGUCGCGAUGGCGGAAGUGGAGGAGUACUUAUCGGUGGACGCUGCCAGUCGCGUGUUGCCGGAGAUGCAUCCUUCCGACAUGAACCCCCUGUUGGAUCCUCCUUCCGACAGUGAAAGUGGCGGCGCUGAUUCCGACGCCACCGUGUCAGAUGUAGAAGACAUCGUGCAUGUCCAACCCAAGCGGAAAGAGAGUAGUAUUGCAGACACGCCCAAGCAGCAAAUCACUCCAUCAAAAAAGGAAUCUCCUGCUCAACCAAAGCCAAGCGAAGACUUGGCCGACGACAUUAUCGUUAUUGACAGCAGUGAUUCCGAGAACGACAGGGACGACAACAGUGCCUCAUCAGAAGACGAACCCGACAGCUCGGUACAUAGUACGUCUUCGAUGAGUGACGUGGAAGAUGGCGACUGCUCGACGGUCGCUACUGCCGCAGCCGACACGAAAAAGAAUGCACACACUCGUGUGGAUGCGAUUGCAAGGUCCCGUAGCCUCGAGAACGACGUUGAAGACGAGGAGCAAAGUCAAGUUGAAGACAGUGAGGUGUCGAAUGACGACGGGUUGGCUCCCGUUAACUCUGGUGAGGAGUUUGACAAGGACGACGAAGCUGCGUCGGUGCGUAGUGAUGACGACGAGGACGGCGGCGGCGGCAGUUGGGAGGGUUCCCAGGGACAAGCGCCGGACAACCAAGAUGAGCUGGAGGCCCUGGAGGACCUGGAGGAUGCAGAGUACUUUACCAACGACGACGACCCAGGCGAAGACGAUCCGCCCGAUGGCGACGUGGAAGAUCAGGACGACGGUCAAAGCGGGGGCGACGAAGACAAACAAUCGAGCGAGGAUGAUGACGCCCAAGAGGAAACGCUCAACGAUGUAGUGGAACUGGCCGAUGAUUCCGACAAUGGCCACAAUAGCGAGGAGGAUGCUGCCGCCGAUGCCGACGUGGACGACGACAACCAGUCUCAAGAGGAUGACCUUCCUGUCGUCUCUUUGUCCAAUCAACGUCGCAAACGCCCCAACAAGAUCCAUGGCCUGGACAACACAACCCUCAUGAAGGUUAAGCCAAACACCCUACGGAACAGUGCCAGUCCCCCUCCGAGUCAGAGGGAAGAGCUGGAAGCGGACGACGAUUCAACGCAAGCGACUGCCAAUGCAUUGUCGGCUAGAAAGACUCGAAAGUCAUCGGCUGACGACACCUUUCGAAGCACUCGACGCCGCCAGUUGAUCGUGUUGGACGAUUCAGACGACAGCGAUGUCGAGCCAGCCAAACCCCCUCGCAGCCAUAAAAAGCGAGUGCGCGACGUCCGAUCCAGUGACGAGGACAAACCUUCCACGUCGAAAAGUCGAAGUGCAUCCAAACGUGACACGGAAGUUCGACGACAAUCUGGUAGAACUAGAUAAUAUAAAUAGUUCAGAAAUGUUUCAAAUAGUGUA